CAGAGUAACUUACUCUUUAUUAAAGAGUCUUCAUCCAGACUCAUGAAAACAUUCAAUACACACAGGAAUGGCAAGAUUUCAUUGUUGUUAUGCUGUUUAAUUUAAUUGGGCUGUUCUUGCCGAUCCCUAAUUUUUUAUUUGUAAAUCUUUUGUUUUCCUUUGUAAUCUUAAAUUAAGUGUUUUUUAUUUAUAUUUUGAAAGAAAAUGUGUGAACAUGCUGAACUGGUGGCUGAGAUGCCAGUUUUGGAGAAAAUGUCAACUCAAGAGCGACUCAAAUUGGCCCGGAAAAGGCGAAUGCAACAAUUAAAGAAGUGGAAUCUCCGGGAGAAAGAUUUUAACUACAAGAAGAAAACUAAUGACACCUAUGGAAGACGGAAUAAGGGCAAAAAGACGGACUACAAGGUACAUUUUGUUCCAAGUGUGAUGCUUCUCGAGGCAGCGGCCAGAAAUGAUGUUGAAGAAGUGAGAAGACUUUUAAUGCUUGGUGUAAGUCCUGAUUCAACUAAUGAAGAUGGUUUAACUGCUCUUCACCAGUGUUGUAUAGAUGAUAGUGAAGAAAUGAUGAAAUUGUUAAUUGAAUUUGGUGCUAAUAUUAAUGCCCAAGACAGUGAACAAUGGACACCUUUACAUGCAGCAGCUACUUGUGGUCUUUUACAUCUUGUCAGAUACCUGAUAUCGAAAGGAGCGGAUUUAUUAGCUGUCAAUGCAGAUGGUAAUAUGCCUUAUGAUAUAUGUGAAGAUGAAUCAACACUAGAUUAUAUAGAAUCAGAAAUGGCCAAAAGAGGUAUAACUCAAGAGAUGAUUGAUGAAACUCGAGCUUCGGUUGAAAAUCGUAUGCUUUUAGAUUUAAGAAAAGUUGCUGAAGAAGGUGGAGAUCUUGAAUUUCGUGAUAGUCAAGGGGCAACACCUUUGCAUAUUGCGGCAGCUAACGGUUAUUCAGCUGUGGUUGAAUUUCUUUUGGAUAAUCAUGUUUCUACAGAUGUAGUUGAUAAUGAUUUAUGGCAACCUAUUCAUGCAGCAGCUUGUUGGGGACAUCCGGAUGUGCUCGAACAGUUAGUACAAGCAGGAGCUGAUUUGAAUGCAAAAACUAAAAAUGGGGAAACUCCUUUAGAUAUAUGUGAAGAUCCAGAAUUGAAAGAAAGAAUAAUCGAAUUAAGAAAUGAAAUGGAAACCAAAAAAGCAAGCCAUUCUUUAAGAUUAAAAAGAUCUCAUUCGCAAAACACUCGAAGCCAAUCAGUUCGUCGUACGAGUAUCAGAGAAAAAUCACAAAUCUCUCGACGUGAAGCCCGUGAAGAGGCUAGAAUAAGGGUUGAAUCAUCUCAGAAUGGUGUCGAUGAAGAUGAUCGAACUCAAGGAAAUAUUAAUAAUGCUAACAAUCAAGUUGACAAGCAAGUCAAUUCUUCUUCCACAAUUACUUCAAUAACUUCCACUAGUGAUAAAGAAGGCGAUACAGUGCCGUUAAAUAAAGUCAAUGGAUUCUUUUCGGUGAAAGGAUAUGCAACUGGAGUUAAUAAUGAUUUAAAAAGCUCCUCCUCACUUCCUUCUUAUGAGGAUAGUUUAAUCACAUCAGGGUCAAUUAAACCUUCUUUAAGCUCUAAUCAUUCAUUCAUCGAGUCAUCAAAUAAUAGUUUUGUCAAUAAACAAGCCCAAUCAUCAUCAAUUUCAUUGGAAUGCCAAUCAAGUCAAAAAUCAUCAAGUAAAGAUGCCAUGGUCAUUCGAAACGAUGGCUAUUGUGAAAAAGAUUCCAGUGAAGUUGUGAGUGUUUUCAACAAUGAUUCCAAUGGUUCCAGAGGUUUUGAUAAUGAACGAGAUUAUGACUAUUCAAAUGAUGUAACUGUUGUCGACGGUAUUCCCGGUUCAACGGCUAAUGAUAUAUUAUCCUGCCGAUCAGCAUACAAUCCAAGUAGAACUGUUGACGACUCAACACUUCGUACCUCUAAAAGUAAUCGUAACUCAAUCAAUUCUGGAAGUAAUGGAGGUGGUAGCAGUGUGGGUAGUGAAUCCGUCAAAGUUGAGAUACAUGUUACUGUAAAUGCAAAUCCAUCCAAUUUUGGCUCCGGAACUUUAGCUGAUCUGAAAAAACAUCGGGCAGAUUUAAGGCAUCGCAAUAGUCUAUCCCCAGGUGAAUCGCCUAAGUCCACCAAUGAGAGAGAAUCUUCUGUUCGCUCUAGCCACAAUAAUCCUUCAUCUCAUCAUGUUAAAGCUUCUUAUCUUUUUGACUCUCCUACAUCUCCAAAUAAUGAUCUGAAAAAAUUUCGAGCUGAUCCCAGUGAAGUUGUCGGAGAAAUGCAGAGUAAAGGAUGCUGUAAGCUUAUGUGACUGUAUAGAAAACUAUGUAUCUCUUCUUUCUAUUCCAUUUUGCCUUUACUUCAUCAUCUUCAUGAAAUAUUAUCACAACCCUCAUCACUUCAUCAUCGUCCUUAUUUUUCUCAGCCUUGUCUCAUCCCAAAUCUCGUAUCAACCACAAUCAAUUUAUUUAGAAAUUUCCUUUUUUUUCAAUCUAUUUUUGCACGAACGAACGAUCAAAAUUUUCCUACCUUUUCAACUUUCCAUUAGUCGUAAUUUACUCUUAUUAGGCGUAAUCCAUUUUUUUCAUUUGUUCAAAAAACCAGGGAAACUGAAAAAUUGCAUUUCAAUCAAUUUCUCUUACAUAUUAGUUAAAUUAUAAGCGUCUUUUGACUUUUCAGUCUUGCAAUAAAUUAAAUUACGAUGAACGGAAAAUGAAGUGUAAAUUGAAAUCUAAAUUUAUAGUUUUCUUUUCCCUUUCUUCAACAAUGAAGAUCACUUCCACAAAUUGGGAAAAUAAACAAAAAAGCUUCCCAUCAGAAGAUGAAAAAAUUGAAAAGAAUCAACACACAAUUGUACAUUUGAAGAACGAAGAAAGAUAAACAAUGUUAAAAUUUCUUUAUCAAUUAUAGAUUGGAAAUGUUAAUAUUGAAACAUAAUUGAAUCAACUUAUACAAUAUCAAAAAAAAUCAAUUCAAUUGUCGGACCAAAUUAUUUUCACCUCUUUGCCUACCAAACACAAUUUACUGCAUUUCAGAUGAUUCCAGGAUCUUCAACUUUUUAAGAUCAAUCCAUCAGCACAUCCUUUGAUGUCAUUUCCCGAAAGAUAAAUAAUUUAUUUAUUAUUAUAAUUAUAAUUACUAUUAAUCAUGUUGUUAUAGAAGUGUAAUAAUUUACUGGUAAACUCAUUUACUUUUUUUUAUAGAGAGCCUGGUGAUACAAUCUUUUUUUUUGUUGCACAGCAAAAUAAUUAAAGACUCAUCUUAAACACGCUU